AUGGCUAUCACCUCGAUCCAGCCGGUUCUACCGACCCGGUUCACGAUCAAUUCGACCGAGAAAGGUGCCAAAAAGCCUCCCCCGGAACCUUACCACGUGAAAGACCAUCCAUUUAAAGGCUACCACCCCCCUCAACCGGAAGGAUACGAAAAGAGCAAGAGUACUAGCGCCAUAGUUAUUGAUAAUGGCUCGAAUUUGGUAAAAGCCGGUUGGUCGUUCGACAAAUCCCCUCGAUUCGUGCUUCCUCCUGUGAUGAGCCGGUAUCGCGACCGGAAGCUCAACAAAGCCUGCCAAUUCAUCGGAUACGACUCCUAUGUAGAUGCGACUACGCGCGGUCAGCUGCGCUAUGCCUUCGACCCUGGCACGAGUGUGGUGGGUAACUGGGAUGUUAUGGAGGGGGUGUUGGACUAUCUGUUCAUCAAGCUGGGAGUUGAUGGUGCCAAUGGAGGUGUUGAUAGGCCGAUUGUCAUGACUGAGCCGAUCGCGAACCUCGCCUAUCCCAGAAGGAUGAUGAACGAAAUUCUGUUCGAGUGCUAUUCCGCGCCAUCGGUCGCCUACGGAAUCGACUCCCUGUUCUCCUAUCGGUACAACCGCGGAAAGGACGGACUCAUCAUCUCGUCUUCGCACACAUCAACGCAUGUAAUUCCCGUGCUGAAUAACAAGGCCUUGCUAUCCAACUGCUCGCGACUGAAUUGGGGUGGACUGCACGCAUCGGAAUACUUGCUAAAACUCAUGCGCCUGAAGUACCCGACUUUCCCUGCGCGGAUGACAGAGAGCCAGAUGGAAGACAUUGUGCACAAGCAUUGCUACGUUUCCAAGGACUACGACCAAGAGCUGAGCCACUAUCUGGACUGGACGGGGCUGGAGGAGCGAGACUGCAUCGUUCAGUACCCUUAUACGGAACAUGUUGUUCCCGAAAAGACCGAGGAAGAACUCGCCCGGAUUGCCGAGAGGAAGAAGGAGAGUGGGCGUCGGUUGCAGGAGCAGGCGGCUAAGAUGCGACUAGAGAAAUUGAUGAAGAAGGAGCAGGAAUUGGAGUACUACAAGGACCUUCAGAACGGACUGGCUUCGGAGACGAAGAAGGAAGCCAGGCGCAUUCUCGAAGCGGAGGACCUGAAGGAUGAAGCCCAUCUAGAUCGAUUGAUUCGGGAUCUUGAGCGGUCCAUCAAACGAUCCCGGAACCGGGACCUAGGGAUCGAAGAAACCGAAGAGCCCCAAGAGGAGAUGUCGUUCCCGUUAUUGGACGUCCCGGAUGAAGAACUGGAUGAAGCUGGUCUGAAGGAAAAGCGCCAUCAGCGACUAAUGAAGUCCAACGUUGAAGCUCGACAACGCGCGAAGGCAGAGAAAGAGCGCGAAAAGGCUCGUCGGGAAGAGGAGGAACGCCUCGACCGUGAGAAGCGCGAGAACGAUUUCGAAAAUUGGCUCGCUGAACGCAGAGCAAACCGUCAGAACAUCAUGCAGAAGAUCAAGGAACGUGACAGGAUGAAGGCGGAUCUUGGCAACCGCAAGUCAUUAGCCAGUCAGAUGCGCAUGAAGACCCUCGCCAACCUCGCUGCGGAUGGUCCCAAGAAGCGGAGGCGUGGCGGGGAUGAUGACACCUUCGGUGCCAACGACGAAGACUGGGGUGUCUAUCGAACGGUGGCUACGGGUGAACAGAGUGAUGAGGAGGAAGAGGAGGAUCUUGGAGGCAUGCUUGAUACAGUUGAGAAGGAGUUACUCGAGUACGACCCCGAAUUCACAGAGAACCACACGCUCGCCGCGCAAUCCGACUGGACGAAGAGCCUAGUGCACGUCUUCCUGCGGGGCCCCUGGCCCUUUGAUCCCGAGAGCCAACGUGAGGCUCAUCAGUUGCACCUGAACGUGGAGCGAAUCCGCGUUCCCGAGGUGGUGUUCAAGCCGUCAAUUGCGGGCGUUGACCAAGCCGGCCUGUUGGAGAUCGCUGCCGAUAUUGUGAACCAGCGAUUCCCGAACCCUGAGGAGCAAUCGAAACUGCUGCGCGACGUUUUCCUUACGGGUGGCAACACCAUGUUCAAGAACUUCGACGAACGUCUCCGCAACGACUUCCGCGCGUACCUCCCCGUGGACGCCCAACUCAACGUCCGGCGUGCAAAUGACCCGGUUUUGGACGCAUGGAAGGGUGCUGCGCAGUGGGCGUCAGGGUCAGAGUUGGCCAAAUCCUCGAUCACUCGGCAGGAAUACUUGGAGAAGGGCAGCGAAUAUCUCAAGGAGCAUGAUAUGGGCAAUGCCACUACAUGGUAG